AUGGACCAAAAACCGAAAGGCUAUUCCGGAACCAUAAAAAAGAAAAAGGUCGUCUCGAAAAGGAAAGGCUCCACUCCUCAGUUUAUGUUUAUGUGGCCAACCAGAGCGUUCCAAGUGUACUCGAGACCACGUGGCGCAGUUCUAUUCGAUUUCCAGGGAAAACAUAUGAGCCCUCCCACGGCGAAUCAACAUGAACCGAUACACAGCCGAACUGAGUCGGCGAGUUUCGACGUCAAAAACACUCGAACAAGCAGGAGGUUUCUGCCCGAAAAGAAACUGGAAAUAAAUACAGAAAAAUUUAAAUCCAGCAAAGCUGUUGCGGGAAAAAGCUUUCGCUCUGCGGUUUUCGUAAUCGCCACCAACAAGGUUCUAUCAAAUUAG